UGGCUUGCUUAAAAUUUGGACCAUGGACUUGCAUAAAUAGUUAAAUUAGUAGAUUAUUACUUGCAAUAUUUUCUUGCUUAAAAAUCGGAUUAAUAUGGUUGCAUGCAUGUAGAACAAUCUAGGUUGCUUGAAUUAUUAUUCUUGUUUCCUGUUGAUUGUUGUGUGUUUUCUUGCUUGAUUUUCUUGCUUGCUUUGCUUGAUUUAUCUUGCUUGAUUUGCUUGUUUUAGUACUAAAUUCUUUGCGUUUUUACUCUUAGAAGUUUAGUACUUAUUUUAGCUAGUCUCUUGAAUUAUAUUUGUUAUCUUUCUCGAGUCGUAGCUAGAAUAGAGUAGUCGAUCUUCUGUUCCACCUAUUAAAAAUUGUCUCGUGGGAAGUUCUCAAUGACCACUUACACGGGACAACGUCGGCGUCUAGCUAGCUACUAGAGCGACAGCUACUAGACGUCGUAGCAGUGGAUGGUUCAUGCCGGAUGCCUUUGUGGUUUCCGCAUGGACAGAGGUAAGGAACGGAACAGAUUAUCGAGGGCCCAUAGGUGAAAGAGUCUAGGGUAGUUGAGUAAUCCUUAAUUAUUCUAGUCGUCUUGUUCAUCGCAUAGGAGUGAAGAGUCUAGUUUGUUUGAGUCAAGUCUUGCUUGUACUAACCCUCUUUGCUUGCUUGUUUGUUAUUUGCUUCCGAUAUCGUUUCUGUUGCGUAGCUUUGAUUGCUUGCCUUGCUUGUUUCCUUCCUUGUUGGGGUAGUCGGGGUGGGAAAAAUUAGAAGCAUGUUUAGGAUUGGGGUACCCAGGCUCACUGAGUAAUCUUAGAUUACUCAUGAUAAUUAUUUGUCUUGCAGAAAGUCUAGGAAGAGUCUAGAUCUGGAGCGAACUUAGGGUACCGGAUAGGGAUUGUUUUCUGUGUUUUUGUAAAACCCUAUAUUUUCCUAAAAUGUAUUCUAUGGAAAUAUCCGACUAUUAUGUAUUGCUUUGAUAACUUAUUUUUCAAUGUAAUAUUUUAUUAAAGUAAUAUAUUCGGUUUUUGGGGAAACAUGGCAAGUUGCAUUUGAUACAUUUGGCCUUGUCCGGACCAAUACAACGCGCCAGGACCGCGUAGGUUGCAAAGCCUAAGCAAACCUCGGCCGUGGGCAGAGUCGCGUCCAGGAGGACUGGUUGGGAAGCUGCAGCUUCCGUCCCUCGGUCGGACCACCCGGGUGUGAUCUCCCAAGCGUAACGUCCUGUGGCUGUCCGUGUCCUCGUCCGGGGCAUAGGUACGGUUCGGGGGCAUUACACCAUCAAUAAAAUCCUCUGGUCUAAUCUUCAGCAACAAGCUAAUUGGACUGCCCUUGCUGAACGUAGAUUAAUGUGGAAGAAAACGCCAAUUACCGUCUUCUUCUUAUUGGCUCUCAUGCCAUGGCUUGACCCACUUGGAGUUUUACUGUUCAAAUGGGAUUUAGGGAAACCUCGGCAAAAUCUCAUGUAGUAUUAGGGAAAUUCAAGACAUGUGUGAUCUUGCUUGGAGGUUACGUUAUCUUCGGGUCCGAUCCUGGCUUCAUCAGCAUCUACGGCGCUAGGCCUGGGCAAAAUACCCGACCCGAAAUACCCGUAUUGGAUCCGAACCAAAAAACCCCGGUUCGGAUCGGGGGUGGAUCCUAUACAAUAUAUUAGUGUUGCGCCCACAUCAUGAAUUUGAUUGUCAGAGAUGGUUUGCAUGAAAUGAAGGGUAAAAUUACAGCAAUUCGUAAUGCAAUUCAGUAUGUGAGGUCUAAUACUAAAAGGUGUGAGUCAUUUGAGCAGAAGGUUGUCUCAGGUAAGAUGACUAGAGGGAGUUUGCCUUUGGACGUCAAAACAAGGUGGAACUCAACUUACUUAAUGUUGUCAAGAGCUUUGAAGUUUAGAGCAGCAUUUGAUAAGAUGGAAAUGGAGGACAAGUUAUACAAUGACUUCUUUCUAGAAGUAGUGGAUGGAGAGAAAAGGAUUGGGCCACCUCAAUUUGCUGAUUGGAAUGCAGUGGAGAGGUUAGUAAAGUUUCUAGCAAUCUUUUACAAAUCCACUUUGGUUCUCUCUGCAUCUGCUAGUGUUGCAUCUUACAAAUGCUAUGGUGAAAUAGUAACUAUAGAGAAGAGUCUGAUGGUCUUGAGUACUAGUUUAGACAAGGAUUUGAGAACAAAAGCUGAUGAAAUGAUUGCUAAAUUUGAAAAGUAUUGGGAUGGAAUGAAGCAUAUAAACAAAAUGUUGAUUGUUGCUAGUGUCUUUGAUCCAAGGAAAAAAAUGCAGUUUGCUAAUAUGUGCUUUGAAAAGCUUUAUGGUAAAGAGAGUUCAGAAGUAGCAGAGAUGAAUGAAUCAGUCACUGAUGUUUUGAAAGCUCUGUUUAAAGAGUAUAGUGGAGUUCAUAACAAAGGAAUAGACAAUCAAUCAUCACAGUCAAAUCCGACAUCAACAGUUGGUGGCCGAGAGUACAAUGAUGCAACUCACACCACUCAUGUAUUGGAUGAUGAUGUUGGGUAUGAAGUGCCAGAGUCAAUGGAUUAUGCUUAUCCAAGAGAUGAGUUAGAAAUUUAUUUGAAAGAAAAAGUGGAGAAUCCUAAAACGAUUAUGGGAACAGAAUGGUAUGUGUUGUCUUGGUGGAAGGUGAACAAUAGUAAGUAUCCAGUUUUAGCAGAAAUAGCUAAGGAUGUGUUGGCAAUGCAAGUUUCUUCUGUUGCAUCUGAAAGUGCAUUUAGCACUAGUGGUCGUAUCAUAGAGCCACAUAGGAGCUGUUUAAGUCAUUAUAUGGUUGAAGUCUUGAUGUGCACAGAGCAAUGGCUAAAGUGUGAGCUGAACUCAAGUGACAAAACUUUUACAAAUGCACAACUUCUUGCUGAUAUUGAAAUGUUUGAUACUCUUCAAAGAAAAUUUGAUGGUGAAGUUAACUGAAGCUAUAAUCAUCUUCCGAUAUAAGAGAAACGGUGAAGACGUACAAGGAAACGGUGAAGACGUCUUUGAUGUGGUGAAUCUUUCCUUUGAUUCUUGAUGUUUUUUUUUUCAAUUUUC